AAAUAGGGUCGCAAAGCUCUCGCGAAGAGAUCAUCUUCUUGAUUAUAAGAAGGUGGUCUUUCCGCGCCCGGACCCCGACAAUCGUUUUUCUUUUGUGCGUCAUUCACUCAUUCAUCUCAUCAUUCUCAACAGCUCAACAGCUCUCAAUCCUUCCGCUCAUUCCUUUAUUCGUCGCUCUCUUAGUCAAUAUAUAUGCUAGUCUUCUGCAGACCGUGAGAGAGCGUCUUGCCGUGCCUCAUCUUAUGCACAGCCAUCACAACUCCCACAAAGAUACCUCAUUCUUUAGUCACUUCAAAUACAUACCCGCCAAAAUGUUCAAGCGCGCAUUCCGGUCCCAGGACCAGAACCGGGUGGACAAGUCGCAAAGACUAAAGAAGCCAGGCUCCGCCAAGGAGCAUGUCAAAGCAAAGGUGUCUAAGCUGCAGAGCUCUAUCAUAGAGCACGAAGCGGCACCUACUCAGCCCAUCAACAUCACGCCCUCGCCGAUUGUCACUCUUACUAUUGGCCGUGAGGGGCGUCUGUUUGCGGCACAUGAGGACGUCCUCAGCCAGUCGCCUUUCUUUGAGGCGGCCUGCAGCAAGGACUCGUCUGAUGCCCUCAACAAGAGAAUCUCCCUUCCUGACGAGGAGCCCGAGAUCUUCUCGGCCGUGCUCGAGUAUCUCUACAAGGGGGAUUACUACCCGCGCCUGGUUCACAACAGGCACCGUAAUUCCUGGGAGCUCGAGGACCGCAUGAGGACUCCUCAAAAGCCACCACCAACCCCUGACAGCGCCGGCACGGGCUCCGAUGCCGCCGUCUAUCUCUCCAGCGUGGGGGCCGAGAUCCUGCGUGACACAGUCAUCUACUGCGCCGCGGACAGGUACGGCCUCGAGGAGCUUAAGCGUCUGGCUUUGCGCAAGCAAGGGCUGCAUGCCGGCAUUGACGUCGGCACCAUCCUGCGGUCCGCCCAGUACGCCUACGCCAACACGCCCGACACGGACAGCCGCCUCCGUGCUCAUUACCUUGCUCUAAUCAUCCGCUGCCGCAAGACGUUCAAGCGUAGCGGCACCAUGCAAGCUGAGAUGGAGGCUGGCGGCAGCAAAUUGUUCUUCGACCUGUUCGUCGCCAUGUGCAACCACUUGGACGACGUCAUUGAUGUCACCAAUAACCGUUCACCCAAGACGGUAUAA